CUUCAACAAUCCGUAUUGAUCCAGAGAACAAAAAGAACACAGUACAGUUACAGUUGCAAAUUUAUCGUAGCCACAACUUAACUGCAUUUUGUAUAUUUAUCUUGUAAUUGACUCUCCUGACUAAGUCUCCAAUAUCCUGUUAUAUCAAAGACCCAUCAUAUAGAGAAAAGGCAUAUCCUUUCAUUCACUUCUCUCAGUUAGAUGAUAAUCAAGGAAACUUUUAGGUAAGAUCUUAUCCAUUCCAAAAAUUUCAACUUUAACUAAAUGCAAAGGAACCAAUUACCGGUCCACUACGAUAAGCAAAACAAUGAAAGAAAAUAUAACGCUGAAACACGAUUUCUCAUAUAAAUACAUUUCCAUCUCAUAUUCUACAACCAUUUAAACCCACUGAAAAACCCAUCCCAUUUGUCAAAUUCCAACCCUCAUGAACACUUUCCAAAUUUACAUAGUCAAUUCCCUGAACGAAUGCAAGAAGAAACUAGACCCAAACUCAAAGUACUAUAGUACAUUUUGUAUGUAAGUGGUGUAUGGAAAAUAACACCAUUGGUUCUGUAGAGACACUCUUUGCCUAAUAUUUUCCUUUCUUUUGUUUCUCAAGAGAGAGGCUUUUAAGCCAUCUCUCGCCGGUAGGGUGUUCUCUGGUUCUCUUUUGGUUAUAAAAACUUUAUUUAUUUAAGCAAAUAAAAAGAUUUCUUUCUACCGGUGCUACCUCUUUUAAUAAUUGCUUUUAUUAGUGUCAAGCUGUGAUGGUUUACUUGUGCUUGCGCUGAAUGACUUACUUUUUUUUUUUCCGAGUGCAACUAGUCAAAUUUCCAAGAGAGGAAGGCUCCUGAUACCAAAUUUUACGGCGGGACUUUUAACACCAUGUUGUCUAUGAUCCUCUGGCACCCACAAUUUCCAAUAUCUCAAAUAUGAAUCAAAACGUGUUCAUCCUCACUUUCCUCCUCUUCUUACCAAACCUGCACUUCGUAGGAGCUGCGGAUCAAUAUUACCUAGAUUGCAGCGUGCCCGCCAGAACUUGCCCUGAUAACCAAACUAUAAGGUUUCCGUUUUAUCAUCGAGACCAACAAAAACCCUACUGUGGGUACCCUGGUUUCGAGGUCUCUUGCGAUGAAGAUGGCCACUCAAUUCUCAAUCUCUCCGUUAACGACCCCUACAUCGUCCGCCAAAUCUCGUACGAGAACCGUUCCCUUAUCGUCUCAAACGCCGUAAUUUCACACGAUUCAACACCCAAUUGCAUUCCUGCUCUCCAAAAUAUAUCCUUUCCCAAUGAAAGAUUCGAGCUUCCAAAACAAAACCAAGUCUUUUUGCUCAGCAAUUGCCACCCACCUAGAGUUACAGAGUACGAGAUCGGUUGCUCUACGGAAAACGCUAACAACUGGGUAUUGGGUGUGCCUGGGAAUGACAAACAAAAAUUGGGCAACUUGUCUAAGCAGUGUGGAGAUGGGAAAGUUGUGGUGGUCCCGGUGAAAGAUUACGAUGGCAGUGACGAUGAGAGUCUUGGAAUGAGACAGGUUUUGAGCAGAGGAUUCGAGCUCACAUGGAUAGACAACGACUGUAGCCGUUGCCAGAGAAGUGGUGGACUGUGUGGAUUCAAUACUGCCUCUUACCUUUUCCAAUGCUACUGCGAAGAUAGGCCUCAAAUUGCGUAUUGCCAAGGAAAAGGAAACAAUAAGAUUCUUAUUGCAACAUUAAUAGUUGCAGGAAUUGGGGCUCUAACUGUGAUAGUGAUAUGCUGCGUAAGGAAAUUCAAAUGUAAUAAACCUAUAAGUUUUUGGACGAAGCAGAAUCAAACGGAUCAAAAUAUCGAGGCCUUUAACUUUGGACCUGGACCUGUACAGAUCAGAAGAUAUACUUAUUCGGAUGUUAAGAAAAUGACCAACUCUUUCAAAGAACAAUUAAGCGAAGGGCGCUAUGGUUGUGUCUACAAAGGAAAAUUACAUGAUAACAGUCUUGUUGCAGUAAAGGUUUUGAAUGAUUCAAAAGGUAAUGGAGAAGAAUUUAUCAACGAGGCGGCAAGCAUUAGCAGAACUUCCCAUGUCAAUAUUAUCACUUGGUUAGGUUUUUCUUAUGAGGGUCGGAAAAGAGCUCUCAUCUAUAAGUUCAUGCCUAAUGGAACUCUAGAUGAAUUUAUAUUCAACAAUAAUCAUUCUUUGGGAUGGGAUACACUCUUUCAAAUUUCACUUGGCAUUGCUCGAGGGCUUGAAUAUUUACAUCGUGGUUGUCAUACCCGAAUUCUGCAUUUUGACAUAAAGCCACGUAAUAUUCUUCUUGAUGAAGACUUCUCACCAAAAAUCUCUUAUUUUAGUCUUGCUAGAGUAUGUACCAGAAAGGAGACUAUCAUACCAAUGUCAGAAAUAAGAGGGACUAUUGGAUACAUGGCUCCAGAAGUAAUUGAUAGAGAAUUUGGAGGGGUUUCACACAAGUCUGAUGUAUAUAGCUAUGGAAUGCUGGUUUUGGAAAUGGUUGAAGGGAGAAAGAUUGUGAAUGCUGGUGUUGAUGAUACUAGUGAAAUAUAUUAUUUUCCACAUUGGAUUUACGAGCGUCUUGCAUUAGAUGAAGAACUUGGAUUGGAGAGGAUUAUGAACGAAGUCGAAAAGACUGAAGUGAAGAAGAUGAUAAUAGUAGGUUUAUGGUGUAUCCAAAGGAUCCCUUCAAAUAGACCAGCAAUGAGUAGUGUCAUAGAAAUUUUGGAAGGAAGUCUUGAUUCCUUGCAACUGCCACCCAAGCCAAUCUUUUCUUCUCCUUCAAAUUCAAAUUUUCCAUCUGAUUCUUCCAGUAUGACUGUAUGAAUGCAAACUUAUUACCAUGUCUCUGUUACAUAGUAUGAGCUUUUUCAUGUUCCUGACUA